AUGGCGGCGGCGGCGGCACUCAGAGACCCGGGACAGGGCUGUGUGACCUUUGAGGACGUGACCAUUUACUUCUCCCAGGAGGAGUGGGGGCUCCUUGAUGAGGCUCAGAGGCUCCUGUACUGCGACGUGAUGCUGGAGAACUUUGCACUUAUAGCCUCGCUGGGACUUACCUCCUUCAGGUCUCACAUAGUCGCCCAGCUGCAGAUUGGGGCAGAGCCAUGGGUGCCUGACAGGGUGGACAUGACAUCAGCCAUGGCAAGAGGGGCGUACAGCGGACCUAUCUCUGGGUUUUGCUGUGGAACGGAGGGUGAGCGUAGAGUGUCUGCAGAAGGAGUGUCACAGGACAGGAAGCUCAAGGUGGCUCUGUCCAACCAGAAGGACUACUCCUGUGACACGUGUGGCCUGUACUUGAAAGACAUUUUGCACCUGACUGAACACCAGGCAACACAUGCCAGGCAGAAACCAGACGUGUGUGAGGCGGCUGGGAGAGGGAUCGAGUCCAUGCUGAAUAUAGACAAGCCUGUCAGAAGGGAUGAGGACAGGGCCUCACCUGUGAAGAGCUGCAGAGAUGACACAUCAAAGGAACCUUUCACAGUCAGGGAGGAUGGGAAGGACUUUGUGGGUGGGAUGGCCACAUCCGGCUUUCUGCGGCAUCAGGUCGCUCACAGAGUGGAGGAGCCCCCCCAGAGCACUGGCGUGCAGAGCCAUAGCAAGUGCGGUGAAUUUGGGAACGCUUUCAGUGACAAGCCCACACCUAUUCAGCACCAGAGAACCCACACUGGAGAAAGGCCUUAUGAGUGCAACAAAUGUGGGAUAUUCUUUAGCCACGCUUCCGGCCUCUUUCAGCACCAGAGAGAUCACAAUAGAGGAAAGCCUUAUGAGUGCUGCGAAUGUGGGAAGUUCUUUAGCCAACACUCUAGUCUCGUUAAACAUCAGAGAGUUCACACUGGGGAAAGCCCUCACGUGUGCAGUGAAUGUGGGAAAUUCUUUAGCCGAAGCUCCAACCUCAUUCAGCAUAAGAGGGUGCACACAGGAGAGAAGCCUUACGAGUGCAGCGAAUGUGGGAAGUUCUUCAGCCAGCGCUCCAACCUCAUUCAUCAUAAGAGGGUUCAUACGGGUAAAAGUGCUCACGAGUGCAGUGAGUGUGGGAAAUCUUUCAACUGCAACUCCAGCCUCAUUAAGCACUGGAGGGUUCACACUGGAGAAAGACCUUAUAAGUGCAACGAAUGUGGGAAAUUCUUCAGCCACAUCGCCAGUCUCAUCCAACAUCAGAUAGUCCACACUGGUGAACGGCCUUAUGGGUGCAGCGAAUGUGGGAAAGCCUUCAGCCGGAGCUCCGACCUCAUGAAGCAUCAGAGAGUCCACACUGGGGAACGGCCUUAUGAGUGCAUCGAAUGUGGGAAAUUGUUUAGCCAGAGCUCCAGCCUCAACAGCCAUCGGAGACUUCACACUGGUGAACGGCCUUAUCAGUGCCCCGAAUGUGGGAAAUUCUUUAACCAAAGCUCCAGCCUCCAUAACCAUCGGAGACUUCACACCGGUGAGCGGCCUUAUGAGUGCCUCGAAUGUGGGAAAACCUUCAGGCAAAGGUCUAAUCUGAGGCAACACCAGAAGGUUCACAAACCAGACAGGCCAUAUAAGUGUGGCGAAUGUGGAAAAGCCUUCAGCCAGAGGCCUACCCUUGUCCGGCACCAGAAAAUUCACACUAGGGAAAGGAGUGCAGAGAAUGUGCACCCUCCUCCAGCACAACGAUGUGCAGUGGAGAUAAGCUCUGAGAACAGUCUUUACGAGGGGGCCAUCAGCCAGAGGUUGAACCUCGUUCAUCCCAGUGUCCACACUGGGCAGAUUCCCUAUGAAUGCUAGUCAUGUUGGAAGGUCUC